UUAUGCUUAUAGUAAUAAAUUGUGCGUAUUCUGCAACACAAUCACUAAAAUGUCACGGUUUUCAGAUAAAAUUAAUAUAAUAGACCAAAGUACAUAUCACAUUUUAAAAGAGGAUAAUGGGAAGCGAAAGGUAUUACGCAGCUCCAAAUAUAAAAAUAAACACAAGGAGGAACCAAAACUGUCUCUGCUGGACUUUCUUACCGUGCCCCGCCAGAAGCAGAAACAACAAAAACGUCCUCAUCUGAUCAUAGCUAGAAAGUCUGUGUCACUUCAAACAAAGCACAAGGGAAAGACGCGUUUGCAUCCUAAACGUCGUAUAGCACGCCUAAAACGCAUUAUUCGAAAUUAUCGCAGUUUAAGGCAGCAUAACGUUGACAACGAAACAAAAUAUACGGAAGAGAUACAAAAGUCUUCGGAAACAGAAGAGCCUCACAAGUUAACUUUGUGCGUGACAGCAAAUGAAAAUGACAGAAGAGAGCAGAAUCUUGCUUUAAAUUACGUCGUACCAAAUCCUUUACAGGUAAUAGAAGACUUAAAGUGUCUUACUUUGAAUGAAGAGAAGUCAGAGAAAGCCACCUUAUCAACCCCAAAACAUAAAAUACAUUCCCGACGGUUUAGAAGCUACUGUGAUAAUUGCACGACACCCCGUCUGAAAGAGCUGACAACUCAAUUGCUAAAUGACUUGGAUCGUUUUCAGAAACGCGCCUACGCUCACAAUGAAAUUAAAGCACGCGCCCAUCCGCGCUUGGUGGUGGGAUUUCGAGAGUCGCUGUCUAGGCUGCGCAUUAACAAAGUGAAGCUGUUAAUCCUGGCACCCGACUGUGAGAACUGCCCACUUCCUGGCGGCCUGGAUGAUACCAUAGAUGAGUUAAAGUCUGUUUGUCAGCAACAAAAAGUGCCUUAUUGCUUCUCGCUAAUGCGUCGGGAGUUAGCCUAUGCACUACAUAAGCGAGCACAAAUAUCAUGUGUCGCCAUUCUGGACUUUGAUGGAGCCAAUGAAACGUUCAAGCAGUUGCUGAAAGAGUUGGAUGUAGCCAGCUAUCAAUACAAAUGUUUAACUGCAACGUGAUCUUUAUUGAAUCAAGCAGAAAAAGUGCCAAAAAG